AUGUCACUCUCACAGGCGUCGCCAUUGGGUAGACCUGUAGUCUGGUCGGAGAAUCGACAGGCCUUGUGUGAUUCUCUGUGGUACUUCAAACAACACCAAGCCGGAAGCUACCCCAUUGAUGGCGUUCUCAGAGGAUUUCUGCUCGAUGGCGAGUCGACGAUCCGGGAUAUCGUGACCCCAGAUGUCAUCAUAUCUACUUUGGGCGGAGGUCGUCAGAAAGACUCAACGACCAAGAUGUCCGUACGCGUCAACGAGACGCGUGACUGCAUUGUGAAUCAGUGCAGAGAAGCCUUCAAAAGAGAUGUGCCAGUCGCUGUCAUUAUUGGGCGUAAAUGCACACUGGCCUCAGUACGAGUCCUUUACAAUUACAAUGUCCUUGACUGGUUCACUGUCACGGACAUGUGGAUUGAGAAGGAUGGACAGAAUGACAUCUUCUUCUGGAAGAUCCGCCUUGAACGAACCGACCGCACCACACCAUCCUGGUGCCAGCCUUGUGAUGCCCUUACACAGACUGUCGAACCCCGACCUUUCCCCCACGGAAAGUUGAACUGUGUUCACUGUGGUGUCAUAUCCAUGUAUAGUUUUGCACAAGGAUGGGCCUGCCUCAAUGGCAACUGCGAGCAGCAUUUCACGCUCGCCGACGGAACGUCACUUACCGAUCUCUCCUAUGCUGGCCACUCGGCCACCAUCAUUGCCUGGUGCAGCGAAUGCAAGCACGCAAGCAAGACCAUAUUCGACGAGGGCUGGACCUGCAAUAACCGCAGCUGCUCCAGAGCAUUCGAAUUUCCUGCCGAGGUAGACAUUGGCGCUCUCACAUACUCAGAGGCAUUUCUUUCUGAGCGCACCACUUUUCCUACGCCUCCAGAUUCCCUGAUCCCUCCGAUGCCGAACCCCAGCCAAGGUUGUGGCACAGAAAAGGCAGCUCGAAUUAGUAUGGUCUGCCCUCAAUGCCACGGCUGUAGUCGCAGGGUCUACUGGAAUCGAUGGUCGUGCGAUAACAAGGAAUGCAACUAUAUACUGCCAGCUGCGCCACGUCCCUUAUCCAUCGAGGACAUCAGAGCCGAAACCACCAAGCGCAAGACUCUUUUGCAGGUCAAGAAGAACGAUCUCCUUGUCCGGCGAGACCUGAUGAUCUGUGGUCACAAGGUCGAGCAAUACUUCCUGCCUGACAUGGAGGCCAAGGGUCGAUGUUGUGGGACUGUCCUUAUCUUCCGUGCUACAGAUGCCAUCAACAACACUCAGAACGGCCCAAAUCAUCUGUGGAUGGACAUUCAGGAGGCGGCUACAUAUGGCGAUGACUUCAAACGCAAUGCUGUCAAAUGUCCUGGGACCUCAUCGGAGAUCAUGACACGCAAUUUCCAGCGGAACUGGGGCGCCCCUUAUAAGUUUGUUGUGGCUGUCAAUUCCACCAGCUUCAAAGAGGCGCCGCCGUACGUCAUGCAAGCUCUCAAGCGGAUGCAAUGGGCGGGACGGAAAUCCGUGCAAGCAAGUAAUGACGGCUUUGAGGAAGGGCAUGCACUGAAGUCGCCAUCAAUGGACACGAAGUUCGUUGACUUCAAUGAACUGCUGACCAUUGGGUACAUGGAGGAUGAUGCCAUUAGUUACCACGACGAUGGCGAAGACACAUUGGGACCCACGGUUGCAACUCUGUCUCUUGGAAGCUCUGCGCGCAUGCUGUUCGCAGAGAAGACAAAGUACAACCCUAAGACAAAGAAGGGAACCAGAAGUACGGCGCGCAACCAAGUGCUCGCGUUUCCCCUUCACCACGGCGACAUGGUGGUCAUGCAUGGGGCUCAAGUCCACCAGCAGUACGACCAUAAGGUCGAACCCAGCGGCAAACGACGAUUCGCCUUGACGUGCCGAAACAUCAUCAUCAGUAAAAUCCCAGAAGACCAGCAGGAGAAUGCCAUAACCAAAGGAGAGAUUCCCGCAGAGGCGGGACAGUGGACGUAUGAUGGGUACUAA